AUGAAAUCGACAGGUCGCUCUCGCGCUCCAAGCCCCACGGGCACAACAUUUUCGGGAAUAUCGAACUAUAAGACCGAGUCUUACCGUCCCAUUCGCGACAAGAAUAUCCCUCCUCUCCCCCCCAUCGACUAUCGCGCAGUCUCAGAAAUCCAUUUCAACGAACUCGACCGCUACCUCGCAGCCUACCUCGCGAAGGCUCCCCCAAAUUCUCGAUCAUCCGCCCGCCAAAAACUCACGCGGCUCACCAUCCAGCAAUUCCAUGAACUCUCUACCGAUGUUUACGACGAGCUCAUUCGACGAAAGCAAGAGGAAGAAGUGCCAUUCCUGCCUGUCCGAGAAGAGUUCCAUCCAAAACGGAAUCAAGCCCGGCAGAAGCUUGCGACUCUACCUGUCACUCGCUUCGAGGAUCUUUCGAGCGACGUCUACUUUGAGUUGAGCCGUCGAUAUCCGGAAUUUAAGGAAGAUCCAUCAGGCAACAUCACUCCUGGUUCCAACUACGACGACUACCCAGCCUCGGACUUCCCUAGCAGCCCGCCCCCGCGAGGAAACGGACGAGCUUCGGCCGACCGCCCGUCUGACAGUGGAUAUGGUGGAAGCAGUGUCAGCAGUCGUAGACCCUCUGAAGACCGGAGAAGGCCAAGCGAGGAAUACGGCCGUCGCAGCGCGGACUAUAAUGGUCGAACAAGUGGAGAUGAUAACACCUACACAAGCAGCAUUUCCUCGCGUCGAAAACCAUCAGUCGAUACAACUCGCCGUUCUGAUGAGCGAGAACGGGAAUAUCGUCCAAAAAGAGCUGGCGGCGGAAGUAUUGGUGGCAUGAGCGACAGCAGCAACCUUACUGCCCAACAACAGAGCACAACUGCUGGCAACACAGUCAUCAUACCGAACAAGAGCACUAUUGAAGAAGAAUACAUUGAAGUGCCUUAUGGUCGCGAGGCCCGGGAGAGUGCUGGAUCUACAUUUGACGACCGAGACCGUGGAGACGCAGACCCCGAGCCACCUGACACUGCUAGCGACUACCCUUUCAGUCCACAAAGUCCAGCAGGUGGUCUCAAUGCUCUUGGAGCUCGGUUAUUGAAGGACGACGACGACAAUUACAACAAUUUCGGUCGCUCCAGUGUCGACAGAGAUCGCGGGCGUGGAAAUGAUGAGGAUGUAGAGAAAGUUCGACAAGACUACGAGUACCGAAUUGCGACCAUGCAGUCACAAAUAUCCUCGUUACAACGCGAACGCGACGAUGCGGGCAACCGGCAACGACAAAUGGAAGACAGUGAAGCACGAGUUCAACAAUUGGAGGAUGAAUUGAAUACCGUUGUGCGACGAGCGGAAGAGCAAACAACAGCCAUGCGAGCCCUGCAACGUGAACUGGACGAUCUUCGAGACAAUCGUCAGCGGGAAAAGGACCGAGAAGCCCGACGAGCCCAGGAAGACCAAGACGAAAUCCGGGUUUUGCGCGAACAACUUGAAGAAGAACGGGAAAUGAACCAAGGAGGAGGAGGAGGUGCUGACCCAGAAAGUAUCGAGCAGCUUCGGAACGAUAUGGAGGGUCUGCUUACGGAACUCUCCGACUUGUCGCAUCGAAACGACGAACUUAUGUCUGCCAAGGACUCUGAUUCAAUGACUAUUCGCGAGCUGGAAAGUCAACUCAAGGAGUACAAGCGCAAAUACGAACAGGCAAAGACUGAGCUUCGCAGCUUCAAAGCCACGUCGCAAUUGUUUAUCCAAGCACCCAAGAUGGACCGACCAGACGAUCAAUUCCCUAUUUCUGCAGAGGGUGGUAUUGUGGACAUACACAUCACCGCUUUCCUUUCUGCUAUCGAUACGCUGUUGACCGCUGGCCGGUCAAACGCUCCCUCUCGAGUGUUGUCACCGAUGAAGGCCGUGGUUAAUGCUGUUUCCAGCAUUGUUGACGACGUUCGGGCUUUCGAAGCCAGAUCAUCACGAGACCGCGCUGAUGUCGAUCCUGAUGCGCUUGCAUCUUUGCGAGAACGGGCAGAAGCAACCUUAAGCAAUCUUGUUGCUGCGAGUAAAACUCAUGCAACAAGUGCUGGAAUGUCUCCAGUCAGUUUACUUGACGCAGCAGCCAGUCAUAUUGCUGUUACGGUGACUGAAAUUGCUCGUACGGUUUGUGUCCGAAAAGCAAGCCGUGCAGAACAAGAUGCUUCUUCUUCAACCGCAUCGCCAUCCCCGGCGGUCAAUGGCUUUUCGCCUUCUUUGCGUUCCGUCGAGGAAUCCAAACCAAUACCGUCAAGUAUGGGCCACCAACGCAAACCGAGCGCAGCCCCGUCAAACAGCUCCGCUCGCAGCAUGGGUGCCAGUCGUUUACGGAGCCCCACAUCUCCUGCCUCUCCUUAUGAUCCUCGCAGACGACCACCAUCAGAUAACUCGAGCUCUGAGAAAACCAACUCUCCCCCGCCAAUCUUCGACCAGCCAACGAACGAGUCUGCGGUAGCGGAAGCUGAAGAUGCCUGGGCGGAGCUCAAGCCAUACCUCGAAGCUCAGACCGAGUCGAUUGUGUAUGCUAUUCAGAGCGUGCUGUCAGGAGUCCGAAGCCCAACGCCCUCCCCGACUCUGAACGAGAACCUGACUCAAAUCAUCACAAUCGUUUCCAGCAUUGUUGCCGUAUGCAACGACAAUUUGCCCCCAGCAACAGCAUCGCAGGGCAACGACAUUUUGCGCGAACUCAGUGAUCAUGCCAACCGCCUGAGUGAAGUGCAGGCACAACCAGAAGUCACGAAAGAGUCGCGACAGGUCAUGGCCAAGUCGAGCUUUGCGAUCGCCAACGCUAUGAAGGGUUUAAUGAAGCUACAAUAG